CUUCGUUUACCGCAACCAGGGGAGGCCCACCUCGACCUCGACGGAGAGAGGAAAGAUUUAUUGAUUAGACGGAUCUUUAAGAUGACAGCCAUGUUUCCUCGUCGUUAUCCACGUCUCUAAUCAGGAUGUCGCGUCGCUCUACCCCAAGAUCGCACCACGGCUGCGCGCGGUGCAAGAAGUCGCGCGUCAAGUGCGACGAGGUGAAGCCGAGUUGCACGAGAUGCUCGAGGAGAAACCAGGCCUGCAGCUUUCAGAUCGAGCUGGCCCACUCGCCAGUGCCCUUUUACGUCCUGGACAGUCAUCCGUUGAGCAGGGCGGUCGCGCACCACGUCUCCUGCGACCCGGCGGCGCGAACGAUAAUGCACCACUUCCUCACGUCGAUCAGGCCCUUUCUUGCUGUGGACGAUCUAUCGAAGCCCUUGCGCCUAUGGGACGGACUGAUCCAACGCCAAGGCGUCGUGAACACCUACGUCUUGUACAACAUCCUCUCCUUGUCAGCCUUCCACCUGGCCAUCCACACGCAGGCGUCCCAAAGCAAGUACCUCGCGCGCGGCAUCUACUAUCAGAACAAGGCUCUGUCGCAGAUGGUGCCGAACUCGCACCGCGUGACGGAAGAGACCUGCGAAGGUAUGUUUACGAGCUCGCUCCUCGUCGUGACGUGUUGCUUCGCCAUGGGCAGGGCCAUUGCGGGCGUGGGCGAGGGAAAUCUUGACAUGAUCAGGCGCGUCGUCGAGAUCUCACGCCUCAUGAGAGGCACCUUGGCCAUCUUCAGGGCUGGAUGGCAGCUGUCACUUGACAAGCAGACGAUCCCCCAUAUUCGCCGAUCGUUCAUCACGUUGAACCGACAGAUGGUGCCAGAGUCGCCCGGUUCGGACGGGUCCCUCGACAUGCUAACGCGGCGCAUAGAAGCUAAUGUGGACGAUAAGGAGCGCAAGCUUCGCUACUUUCAAGCGAUAGCGUUUAUGAAGACGAGUAUUCGGAAAGCCAGCUCCCGCUCCACAAGCUGCGCAUUCCUACUUGUUGUCGUCGGAAGGAUUUCAGACGAGCUACUUGUCGAAAUGGAGGCGCGGGAGCCAAUUCCGUUGAUCCUACUUGCUCACUGGGCAGUACAGCUUCACUGGGCGAAAGACACUUGGUGGCUGGCUACUUGGGGACAGCGCGUGGUUGAAGUGGUCAGAGCCAAUCUCGACACUGCAUGGUGGGAUUACAUACGGUGGCCACUGACCGAAGUGGGAAUGCUUUCACACGCUGACGGACAGUUUUGUCCAGCAUAGGGCAGCGUCGCCGAGUCACUUGCAAUGCGCAGACUUUCAUCAAGCGAGUCAACAUAUGGCCGUGGGCUCUACUGCUGUUGUUGCCCCAGUCCUCAAAGCGGGAUGUUAGCACACGUGCGAUGCUUGCAAUCAUAUAAGUCAGUAUGGGCUUUUCCAGUCGCAAUCGAGGCACUUGACAGGGGCGUUUUCAGACACUGAACUAGCACGCUUCAGCGCUAAAAUCGAGCCGAGAAACGUGGAGCCCCGGCGUUGAUCAUCUGCACGACAGGAAACCUUGCCUCUUGCAGGAAUUGCGGGUUUUUUUUUGACGCUUUUUUUGUCCUUGAAGCCGACGGGCGAGCUAGCUAUUGCUACCGACGCGCCGAAAAAAGGUCCCCCUUCUAGAAUUCGAAUCUCAAUUUAAACGACGCAGUGCCGCGUUGCACGGAC